ACUACACGAAGAUCGAAAAAAAACUCCGAAAAUAAAAUAAUCAAAAAUGGGUGUCAAAUGCUUGUUAAACGCGAAUGAAAUAAGCGUUGUUCGUGGAAAAUAUCAAGUUGACGAUAUUUGUCGGAGAAUUGUUAAUAAUUAUUACGAUAUGGAUGAAUUAUUCGGCGUAAUGGAUUUAAGUGAAGUUGUGCGUAGGUUUUUACGAUUAAAAGAAAUCAUGCCACGAGUUGAACAAUUUUAUGCAAUGAAAUGUAAUCCCAAUGAAAACAUCUUAAAAGUUUUGGCUGCUGUUGGAUGUAAUUUUGAGUGUGCAUCAAUGAAUGAAAUUAAUCGAUUAUUAAAUUUAAAUAUUGAUCAAAAUCGAAUUAUAUUUGCAAAUCCAUCGAAACCAAUCUCACAUUUAGAAUAUGUUGCAAAACAUCAAGUUAUGAAAAUGGUUUUUGAUUCGGAAAUGGAAUUAUAUAAAAUUCAUAAAUUAUUUCCAAAUGCUGAACUUGUUUUACGUUUUCGAUGUGAUGCAAAAAAAGCUGAUUUUAUGUUGGGUGAAAAAUAUGGAUGUAAUCCAAUUCGAGAUGCUCCAAGAUUGUUGAAAAUUGCGAAAGAAUUAGAUUUAAAUGUAAUUGGCGUAUCAUUCCAUGUGGGUUGUGGAUGCAAAGAGCCGGAAGUAUACGGACGUGCGAUAAAAUUUGCUCGAGAUAUAUUCAAUUUUGCUUUAAAAAUUGGUUAUGCGUUCAAAUUUUUAGAUAUUGGUGGAGGUUUUCCAGGCGAGUUAUCGACAGAUGUUAAACCAUUAACGGAUAUUGUAAACGAAGCGUUAAAUAUGCAUUUCCCAGAAGACAAUAUUCGAGUUAUAUCCGAGUUUGGACAGUAUUAUGUAGCAGGCGCAUGUACUCUUACUUCAAAUAUUUUGGGAAAACGAAAAAUUCAAGACGGGAAUACGGAGAAAAUAAUGUAUUUUAUUAAUGAUUCUGUACACCGUAAUUUUGUAAAUAAAGUAUGUGAUAUCGCAAUAGCCGUUCCACGACCUCUAUUCCCGAAUUCUGCGUCAACAACCGAAUACAAAUCAACAGUCUGGGGAUGUACAAUAGAAUCAAAUGAUAAAAUUCAUGAAAAUAUUAUGUUACCGGAAUUAAAUUGUGGUGAUUAUUUAGCAUUCGAAGGCAUGGGUGCAUAUACGCAAGCAUGUGAAUCAAACUUCUGUGGAUUUUCGAAAACUCUGGUAUAUACGAUUAUAGAUGAAUUUACUUAUGGACUAAUAAAAAAUGAUGAAAUAUUUAAAACUAAUUCGAAUUUGGUUGAAUUUAAAUUAAAUUAUUGUUAA